CCCACCACCCACGCUCACUACCCCCACGCUCCUUAUCCUCCCUCCACCUCCCUGCUCGCACAAUGGCCCCUUCCGCUACCGAGUCCACCGCCCACGCCGACGGCCGUGUCGGCCGGCGCAUCGAGAACUACACAGCCUUCUGGCAGAAGGACAUCAGCAAGGAGGCCGAACAGGACACGGGCAACCGUCUCGACAACUACACGGACGUCGUCAACGGUUACUACGACGGCGCGACGAGCCUGUACGAGUACGGCUGGGGCACGUCCUUCCACUUCUCGCGGUACUACAAGGGCGAGGGCUUCUACCAGGCGCUCGCGCGCCACGAGCACUACCUCGCGUUCAAGAUGAACCUCAAGCCGGGCAUGCGCGUGCUCGACGUCGGGUGCGGCAUCGGCGGGCCCGCGCGCGAGAUUGCGCAGUUCGCGGACGUGCAGAUCGUCGGCCUGAACAACAACGACUACCAGGUCGGCCGCGCGCGCCAGCUCACGAAGAAGGCCGGGCUCGAGAAGCAGAUCUCGUACACCGUCGGCGACUUCAUGAAGCUCGCAGAGCAGUUCGGCGAGAACUCGUUCGACGCGGUGUACGCUAUUGAGGCGACGGUGCACGCGCCGUCUUGGGAGGGUGUCUACGGCGAGAUCAUGAAGGUGCUCAAGCCGGGAGGAGUGUUCGGUGUCUACGAAUGGUGCAUGACGGACAAGUGGGACCCGUCGAUCCCCUCGCACAAGGAGGUCGCGCACGAGAUCGAGAUCGGAAACGGCAUUCCGGAGAUGCGGCACCUGCACAAGGCGCGCCAGGCGUUCGUCAACGUCGGGCUCGAGAUCGAGCACGAAGAGGACCUCGCGGACCGCCCCGACCCCAUCCCGUGGUACUACCCGCUCGAGGGCGACAUCGGCAAGGCGCAGACGCUCUGGGACAUGUUCACCGUGUGGCGGAUGAGCAGCAGCGGCAAGUUCGUCACGCACCACGGGCUGUGGUUCAUCGAGAAGCUCGGCAUGGUCCCCAAGGGCACGUGGGAGGUCGGCGAGACGUUGAAGAUUGCGGGCGACGCGCUCGUCAAGAGCGGCAAGGAAAAGCUGUUCACGCCGAUGUACCUCGUCGUUGCGCGGAAGCCCGCACAAAACUAGUCGGCGGCCUGCCGGUGCUACCAUCAUUAGAGUCCGUCGUGCUAUAUUCUAGACACCUAUAUACCCUUGCAUAAUCACUACCGCGUGGAUGUUCGCUCGUUUACUCUCACUGGGCUGUCAGGAUGCUGUAAUUCCGUGUUGUGGAACAAUCUCAGGUUCAAUCAC